CUGCAGAGUCCUGUCCUCCCUGUGAUGGAGGGAGAUGACGUCACUCUGAGCUGCAGAGCAAGGAAUCCAACCCACAACCUCCCAGCUGCUUUCUAUAAAGAUGGCUCCUUCAUUGGUGAUGGAUCAGCAGGCAGCAUGACCCUCCUCCAUGUUUCCAGCUCUGAUGAAGGCCUCUAUAAAUGUAGCAUCAGCGGUUCUGGAGAGUCUCCAUCCAGCAGGGUCUCUGUCAAAGGGAGAAUCUCCUCCACUCCUCCUUCCUCCAUCUCUCCUCCCAGUUCUCAGUCUCCGGUGGAUUCUUCCUCUCCCAGUCUUCCUCCUCCUCUUCCUCUCUGUCUCGGUCUCGUCUUCAUCUUCGUCUUCGUCUUCCUGGUUCUGCUGCUGAAAUGUUUUGUCAAGAGGAAACAUGAAGCUGAUGAAGAUGAAGAUGAAGAUCUGUCCCACAGUGAUGAUGCGUCACAAACACGACUGCAGCCAAUCAGAUGCAGCAAAGACGGCGACCGGGCUUCGGUUUACUCUGCAGUGAGGAUGGAGAACCGAGACGGACAGCAGAGCAGCAGAGAGGAGGAAGACGAGCUCAGAGAGAACGAAUCGUCUGCUGUUUAUUCAUAUGUUAGAAAAGGAAACGCAGAGAGAGUCAACAGGACUGAAGAUCCGCAGCCAGAGAUCAGCUACUCUUCUCUCCUGAUCCACCAGUGAGGUCCGUCCACCGGACCGGGUCAGUAC